CCCUCCCCCCAGGGCGGGACCUCGGGAGCUAAUAGUGGAACUUUGCAAAAUAAUUUACAUCCCCUCGAAUCAAUCUACAACUACAUUCUCCAAUUUCUAAUUUCCAACUUCCAACUUCCCAGCUUCCAAUUUUCAGUGCCCUACCUGUUGCCAUCACCUUUAGCUUGUACACAUGUCAGGGAUUCGGGAACUACCAGAUGAGCUUCAGCUCGCCACCGCAGCUCACGUCAAAUAUAUCCAAAGCUUAGACACGAAGAAGGAUGAGUAUGAGUACUGGCUCACCGAGCAUCUUCGUCUAAAUGGACUAUAUUGGGGGCUCAUGGCUCUGCAUUUACUACGACAUCCAGAUGCCCUCCCCCGGGCCGAGGCCAUAGACUUUGUUCUUUCUUGCCAACAUGAGAACGGUGGGUUUGGCGCUGCACCGGGACACGAUGCGCACAUGCUCUACACAGUCAGUGCCGUGCAGAUCUUCGUCCUCCUGGAUGCCUUAGACGAGUUAGAGAAACGCGGCAAGGGCAACGGUAAGGCCCAAGUGGGCAAAUUCCUAGCAGAUCUCCAGAACCAGGAAACGGGCACCUUUGCUGGCGAUGAAUGGGGCGAAGAGGACACAAGAUUCCUAUAUGGCGCCUUGAAUGCUCUCUCGCUACUGGGCCUGUUGCAUCUGGUUGAUGUCGAUAAAGCAGUUGCUUACAUUGCUGCCUGCGCCAAUUAUGAUGGCGGCUAUGGUGUUAGCCCGGGAGCUGAGACCCACUCAGGCCAGAUCUUUACUUGUUUAGCCGCUCUUUCCAUCGCUGGGCGCAAAGACUUGAUCGAUGUUGACAAGUUAGGUGGCUGGCUCAGCGAAAGACAAGUUGCCUGCGGCGGUUUGAAUGGGAGACCAGAAAAACAGGAAGAUGUGUGCUACAACUGGUGGGUACUGAGCAGCCUGGCAAUGAUCGACCGUACACACUGGAUUGAUCGGGAGAAGCUCAUUAAGUUUACACUAAGCUGCCAGGACAGCGAGCACGGUGGAUUAUCCGACCGGCCUGGUGACAUGGUCGACAUAUGGCAUACAUUCUUUGGCCUGACUGGCUUGAGCUUGCUGAAUUAUCCAGGUGUGGAGGCCAUUGACCCCGUUUAUUGCCUACCGAAGUACACCAUAGACCGUGUAUUUGGUAAAGCGGAAUAGUUGCACAGCAACACAGCAACUUCUAACAAAUGCCUGCUCUGGUAGUCUCCUCGUAUACUCCGAUGCAAUACGUGAUUGUUUUUUCCUCGAAAUCCUACUUAUCAGUGCGAGACUGACUACCAUCCAUCACUUUACUAGGUAGUUGCGGUUAGAAUCUACUCAUGAAAUAUCUCUUGCAAUCUAAUAACCUACUAGCUUCACUUAAAUGGUAGUUAGGAUACAAGGCAAGAGUAGAGGGAGCUCGAAUGUCCUAUCUCGUUAUCCGUGGUUCAACUAUCGUAACCAGGGUUGUAAGGGUUACAUUCAGACAUCUUAUACCCGUUAAUAGGAGUUUUACACAUUGAGUUUUCACCUAGGAUUCUCCUUACCUUAUUAUCUAUAGUGUAUAUUUAAUCCGUUCCGCAUUAUUUCAAUACUUCAUCCU